ACUCUUUUCUCAUUCACAUGUGUUAUGAACGGUAAACUUUCGUUCCAAAUUUUUUAUUUUUUUUAAUAUUUUGGAAUAUAUUGUCAUCGAUGAUCAUGGUUCAUCAUCAUUUUGGACAUUCCUUGAAAAGACUUUCAUUUAAUCGAACAUUAAUCUUACCAUUAGUAUUCAUCAUAAUAUUAAUAUUUACUAUCAUCUAUUACGAAUCGAAACUCGCUCAACUUCAAAACUUGAACUUGAAUUUAAACUAUCAAAAUGUUCCAAGAUUAUCACAAUCAUCAUCAUCUGAUCACCCUCCUCAUAAUAAGAAUCCAGAUUGGAUGAUUCCAAAGAAUUUAUUAGUCAUUUAUAAUCGUGUUCCAAAAACGGGUAGCACUAGCUUGAUGGGCAUCGUUUAUGAUCUCUGUGCUCAAAAUCAUUUCAAUGUGGUACAUUUGAAUACGAGCAAAAAUAGCCAUGUGAUGUCAUUGUCGGAUCAGGUACGAUUCAUCUGGAACAUUACCCGGUGGUAUGAAAGGCAACCAUUAUUGAUUCAUGGACAUGUGGCUUUCAUAAAUUUCGACAAAUUUGCCCUUAAUACACCGAAACCAUUGUAUAUAAAUAUGAUUCGACGACCAAUCGAUCGUCUUAUUUCAUACUAUUAUUUUCUACGAUAUGGAGAUAAUUUUCGACCAAAUGUCGUUAGACGACGUCAAGGAAAUAGACGAACAUUUGAUGAAUGUAUUGAACGCAAUGAACAUGAUUGUCGUGUGGAAAAUCUUUGGCUACAAAUACCAUUUUUUUGUGGACAAAAUCCUGAUUGCUGGAAACCUGGCAAUAAAUGGGCAUUGGAACAAGCCAAACGAAAUCUAGUCGAUCAUUAUUUUCUGGUUGGAGUCACCGAAGCGAUGCAUGAUUUUGUUCAAAUUUUAGAAAUAUCAUUACCACACAUGUUUCGUGGUGCAACAUUUCUAUAUGAAAAUGGUAAUAAAUCACAUUUACGAAAAACAUUCAACAAAACACAGCCAUCAUCACGAACGAUAGCAAAAAUUCAACAAUCACGUGUAUGGCAAAUGGAAAAUGAAUUCUAUCAUUUUGCUGUAUAUAAUUUCAAUUCAAUCAAAGAACGAAUUAUGGCAAACAUAAAACCGGCACAACAAUAUAAUGAUAAACUAUAUUAUCAUGAUGGACAACAAUUUUUUUUUGAAAAAAUUCGACCACGAUUAUAA